AGUCCGGGCUCAACGCUGGCAUCUUGGGACAUCCCACUGGCUGUUUGGGUUUUGGCCUCCUGGGAGAAGCAGGAAGGGCCCUAGAUAUUCCUGACGGUCAGGCCUGAUGGGCUCUUGUCUUGGAGAGGAUGCAGACCUCCCUUCCGAAAGGUUUAAGGAGGACACCACAAAGGCUGCCCUAUCCCCCGAGCAGGGAGAUGGCGAGGCCGUGAACAUCAAGGACAUGGAGCUGAAGGAGGAAUGGCAGGACGACGAAUUCCCACGGCCCCUCCCAGAGGAGAUCUCCAAGGAGGAUCUGGAAGAAUCCAGUUCGGCACGUAGCCCGGUUGCCCCCAACACCCUAGAGUUGUGUGGCCGGCGGCACAUGAAGAAACGGCUCCCGGCACCAGAUCUUGGCGACGGAUCAGUGAAAUCUGGGGAGUGUCCGGAACUCACGCCGGAUGGCAGCCUGGAUAUCAACGUGGACGAGUUGGAGACACCAUCCGACAGUGAGCUGCAGGAGGGCUCCGAGAACGGGCACGAGUUUGAGUGGGAAGAUGAUCUCCCCAGGGCCCGGAGGGUGGACAGCAACUUGCCAGAGAGAUUUUGCACGGGCCGCGUGGUGGACGUCAAAGGCCAGGAUGGACGGAAGUGGCGGAUCUUCCUGACAGACGAGCGGGAACAGAAGGUGGACUUGGGGGCCGUCGAACCCUAUAAGAGAGUCAUCUCUCAUGGAGGGUACUAUGGGGAGGGCCUGAAUGCCAUCAUCAUGUUUGCUACGUGCUACUUACCAGACAGCAGCAUCCCAGAUUAUCCGUACGUCAUGGAGAAUCUCUUCCGGUACAUCACCGGAACGCUGGAGCUGAUGGUAGCUGAGAAUUACAUGAUGGUUUGCCUGAACGGUGCCACGCCCCGUAGCCGGGUGCCAUCCUUUACGUGGAUCAAACAGUGUUACCAAACCAUUGAUAGAAGGCUCCGGAAGAACCUGAAGACAUUGAUUAUCGUUCAUCCCACUUGGUACGUCAAAGCGUUGAUGGCCGUGUUUAGACCUUUCAUCAGUUCCAAGUUCAGCCGGAAGGUGCAGUUUGUGGACAGCCUGGAGGAGCUGGCGCGGCUGAUCCCUUUGGAUCAGGUCCACAUCCCAGACUGCGUCCAUCAGCUAGAUCAAUCCAGGAUCAGUUCCCGGAGCUAACGAGAAAGGAAUGAAGCCGGCUGGAUUUUCGCAAACAUCUUGUACAUCAAUUCACCCCUUAUGUCUGUGUUCUGUUUUUAUUUUUUUGUGUAUCAGAUGCUCACGAACUCACACACACACACACACACACACACAAACAUUAUUUCCUUCCUUUUGUUAUUGUUGCUAAAGACCCUCUUGGAAAAAUGUGGCCCUAUUGGCUGAUCCUGCUUUUUAAACAUUUGUAUUCCUUAAAAACAUUUUUCUUUGAAAAGAUAAAGAAACUAAGGUUUAAAUAGGGAGAGUUUUGUUUGACGGCUGAAUUUGCAAAGGAGAGGUCCUGGUGGAUGUAGGGCUUACUCUGAGUAAGUCUAAUGUUGCAUAUAGCCCAGUGUUUCUGAGCUCAUGCAGAGUGCAUGUACUCAGUGACACUGGGUUGUAUGUAACAUUAGACCUACUCAGAGUAGACCCACUGGAAUUAAUGGACAUGACUUAGGUCUAAUAAUUUCAGUGGGUCUACUUUGAGUAUAACUUGGUUGAAUACAACCUGUUUUCUUUAAUAUGACUUCAUUAAGGAUGCAACCAUAUGUACACACUUACCUGGGAAUAAGUCCCAUGAAACUUAAUGAGACUUAGUUCUGAGUAGAGAUGCAUAGGAUUGCACUGUUAGGGUUGUAUCCAACUAUCUCCUACUUAGAGCAGCAGAACCAUUGAAAUCAAUGGGUUUGUCACAUCUUUGCUUUCAAUGGGUCUACUCUGAGUAGUCAGAUAGAACCUUUAAUCAACUCCGGGUGCCAUCCCCAUCUGAGGCCUUCUCAGUGGUGGCUCCCUUGCUGCAGAUUCCAAAUGUUGGCAGCUGGGGAAUUUCAAGCAGUCAGCCGUGAGUUCUGUUCAGACAAGCUUUUGGUUGAUCCGCUGGUAUUCAAUUAACAUGCUGUUGAGUUUGUUGUGGUUUUAAUUUGUUUUUAUUUUGUGUCACUGGUUGCUAAAGAAGCGGAGAUGGCUAGAAGCGGCUUCUUAAAAUGGGACGUCAAUGGCUUUUUAGAGCUGGUGGCUACUAGCUGUCAAUCAACAUACCUGGGGAAAGGCUGGGGAAGAGACAAUUUGGCAGCUGGAAUGUAGCCAGGGCAAGAGAGAAAUAACGUAUUUUGCAUCUGGAUGGCAAAAAGAGAGGGUUUUGGGGGGGUUGGGGGUUUAUAAAGGUGUGCUACUUGCUUUGGGGGUAGCGGAUGCCCUUGUCUGUCUGGGAACUUGGCCAAUGUCCCUAGGCAUAACCUGUAUAUUUGUAAAUA